AGAUCCGGCGAUGCCACGAAAACAAAAUAAGCUAUUGUGGACAAAUCAACGUGUACGGAACAUGGGAGCCUGUGCGACAUUGAGAGAACUGACUCGUUCUGUUCGACAGCAACCGAGAAGCCCGCACUGUGUCGGAUGUUGUUGGGGUUGGGACGGCGUCGGUAGCAACAUCUGCAGCCAAUGAAAAUCUGUCUACGCUGUCCUUGCAAGGACACUGUCUGACGACAACACGCGACAAUGGUGAGAUAGACACUGCCUAGGAAAAGGUGCCUCUGUGAACUGAAGGUAUUUCAGCGUUAGCUGGUGUGAGAAGAUUCAAGAUUCAGUCCUUGUGCGCCAAGGUGUUAGCCAUUAUGUCAUCCAAACGGAUAUACCGCCUUCUGUGCCUUAUUAUCAUUGUGGGCUUGUUGACCUUUGCUGCUCAACGAAUCCUGUACAGUUCGCCCAAACUGGAUAUUAAUAUUGCUGAAAUGGCCCAACAAAAGUCACACAGCCCUGCGCCAGUGAUAGCAAACAACCCCAUUGUGCCUUUACCAGGGGCUAAUAUUCAACAGUCUCAGCAGCAAAGCCAAGUUCCAAAUGUGCCAAACCAACCCUCACCACAGCUUCCGGUCAAUAUGAACAACAACAAUGUGAAUGUCCAGGCUAUCAGCUCUCUGGCUCAGAAGCUGAUGCAGUAUCAGGGAGCCAAUAUGAAUCAACAGCAAACCAGCCAGCAUUAUCCCGCGGCUCCUCAGAUCGAUCCUGCUCAACGAAUGUCACUCCUCAACCAAUACAUGCAGGCCAGAAACAUGCAGCAGGGUUUUCUAAACAAUGUGCCUGGUGCUGGGGAUAUCAACCCAACCAAGGGCCUGAUAUGCAAAUUCCUAACAAUAUGGCGGCUCCCCAAAAUAUGCAUAUGGUCGGUCAACAAUAUAUGCCUUUGGCUGGUCAACAAAAUAUGCCCAUGGCUGGUCAACAAUAUAUUCCGUUGGCUGGUCAACAUAACAUGCCCGCCGCUGGGCAACAGAAUGUGCAGAUGGCAGGUGUGCAAGUUCCUAACAAUGUGGCAGGUCAACAAUAUAUUCCUUUGGCUGGUCAACUAAACAUGCCCGCCACUGGUCAACAGAAUGUGCAGAUGACUAUCGUGCCUCAGCCAAACAUGGGUGAUCAACAAAACAUUCCCCUUGUUACUUCACCCCAAGUCAGUCAACAAGGGCCCAUUCAGAAUGGGCCAGAGACUAAAAUUCUCCGGUGGAACGGUAGUGGAUGGACCCAGCUUCACCAUUUCUGUGCCGGUAAUCUGAACCUCAAGCGCACCAUGCUGAAGUCCCCUGUGGGUAAUGCGGCCAUCUACAUCCAUGACCUCAAAGAUGACAAGUGGGUCUCAGGGUCCCUCAAGCUGCACGGACUGUGGGAUCUGCCAGAUGUCCAGGUCAUGAUUAACAACCUCCGCAGUGACCCCAAAAUGGGCUUCAUCGACAUCGGUUCCCACGUCGGCACCUUCUCCAUCGUUGCGGCUCUCAUGGGAAAGAAGGUAGUUGCAGUGGACCCCCUUGUUGCGAACGUCAUUCGGUUCUGUAAGUCUGUCCAGGAUAAUAACUUCACAGAUAGCAUCACAAUAUUUUACACCGCAAUCUCCGACAGCUACAAGAAGGUGUCCUUCGUUCGAGACAUAGGAAACAUUGGAGGUACACGAAUACAGACUGCACCCUCCAAUGUGAGCACAACCAAUGUGUACGACCCUAAUUUUAUAGACACAGUUCGCCUUGACGACUUAGUGCCUCAUAUACCAUUUAAAAAAGCCUUUAUCAAGAUGGACGUUGAGGAACAUGAGUUCCAGGUGAUAACAUCAGGUGUUAAGUUCUUCCGGCAGAUAGACGUUCGGGGAAUUCUGAUGGAAUGGAUGUGGCAGAAAACUGGCCAAUAUGGACUCCGACUUAGAGACUAUUUGUUAUCUUUAGGCUUCGCGCCAUUCAGGGUGGAUGGAACCACUACGCUGCCAAUAGAUCAUUAUAAGUUAUGGCCAAAUGAUGUCUUGUGGAGGAAAUGAAAUCAUGAAUGUAUUAAAUGUUUUACUUUCA